GGAGAGACGGAGGAUUGGAGGAGACGAAUCCAUCUGUAUGCAGUUAGCGCUUCCGUCGGUGGGAGACGGAGUAUCCUGCCGUUUUCUUUAGAAACUUGGAAACUGUAUGCGAUAGAUGAAUGCUAAACCCACCUCACGUUUUUCUCCUUCCCUUUUCCUGAACUUAUAAAAGCGUUUUAAACGCCAUUGUCUCAGGAAGCGAGCGCUUUAUUACACUCACAGAAACACCGUCCUGAGGAACAUCAUCAUGAGUGUGUUGCCCCCUGUACGAAAAGACCGCAUAAUCGGCCAGCUGCCUAAGUGCUUCAACAAAGGUGCUGCUUUGAACACGGACAAUGAAUUCCACAGCAAGGUGAAGACGGCCUGUCAGCAGCAGAGGACAGGAACCGUGGGUAGGUUUAAAAUCUCCAAGGUCAUUGUAGUGGGUGAUCUUGCAGUGGGGAAAACCUGUUUGAUUAAUAGAUUUUGUAAAGAUGUCUUUGACAAGAAUUACAAGGCCACCAUUGGUGUGGACUUUGAGAUGGAGAGGUUUGAAGUUCUUGGAGUCCCCUUCAGUCUACAACUGUGGGACACUGCAGGACAGGAGAGAUUUAAAUGCAUUGCCUCUACAUACUACAGAGGAGCUCAGGCUGUAAUCAUUGUGUUUGAUUUGACUGAUGUGGCUUCACUGGAACAUACAAGGCAAUGGCUGGAGGACGCAAUGAAAGAGAAUGAUCCUACAAGUGUAUUACUUUUCUUGGUUGGCACAAAGAAAGAUCUGAGUUCUCCUGCACAGUAUACACUAAUCGAGCAGGAUGCCAUUAAACUGGCAGAUCAGAUGAAGGCAGAGUACUGGGCUGUGUCCGCAUUGUCUGGGGAGAAUGUGAGAGAGUUUUUCUUCAGAGUUGCAUCUUUAACAUUUGAGGCCAAUGUACUGGCAGAACUGGAGAAAAGUGGAUCCAGACGGAUUGGGGAAGUUGUUCAAAUCAACAGCAACUCAAAUAACCUGUAUGCAGCUUCCAAGAAGAAACAGUCUAACUGUUGUCAGUAAAGACUAACAUUGUGAAAAUGCAAACAUUUGCACCAACAAAUAAUGGUACCAAAGCAAAACAUGCACACAAGCGUACAUGAACGUACAUAGGGAGAAUAUAAAAAGUGGGAUGGACAAUAUUUCAACCAAAGGUUUGUCCAGAGAACCGUGUGGUUUGUUAUUCAGAGGGUGUAACUGCAUAUCCGCUGGAUAAAAGAAAACAUUCUUUUGUUGGACAACUUGUCCAUUGCGGUAUUCUGUUUUCCUAGGAGUUCUAUGCACAAUUUAUGCAUAAUAGUUAUCAGUGAUUAUUAUAUUGUGUUAAUUACAAAUACAUUUUUAUUUUACAGUUUUACUUAGUUUCUAGUCAGCAGUGAUUUUAAAAGGUACACAAGAGGAUCAUGCAUGAGUUGCACAAAAAGCAAUAAACAGUGAUAAAUGACAGUUAUAAUAAAAUACAGUUAUCUUGAAGUUAUAUAGGAAUUCCUUCAUAUAGCUUCAAAUUGAAUUUUGCUGUAAAGAAUUUAUAAGUAUUAGGACUUGUAUUCAUAGUUUUUUUUUUGUGACUGACGUUUUUAUUCUAAAUAAAAUGCUUUUCCUUUUUCUUAA